GUGACGUAAACAUGCUUGUGUUGUGACUGGUGAGUGUGCGCGAGCUGCAGGAGGACGGAGCGCGUGCCCACUGGGGGGCAAUGCUGCUUGUUCUCUUCCCCCCUUCAGCACAUAGUGGACCGGCCCACGACAGAGCAACAGGAAAACAGCCUCCUCUCCUCCUCCUCUCCUCCUUCAUCGCUCCGAGCGGCUCGGCUUCUCUGCUGGAUGUUUUCACUCUGAAUCUCCGGGCCGCUGUUUCCAGCUGGUUUAAACUGAGCAGAAGGGCAGUCUCUCUACAGCCAUGCAAAAGGUGGAGGGACGUGUAACUCCUGUUAUCCUUCCAUCAUCUAGGGGCCCAAGCGUUCCGGGGUCUCCUGCCACUGGCAUCAUGGCUCGUCUGAAUGACCAGAUGGUUGGCUACAAAGACCUUGCUGCACUGCCCAGAGAUAAAGCCAUCCUGCAGGUGGAAAGGCCUGACCUGAUGACCUAUCAACCCCACCUGAGCUUCUCACCACUCGACCCGCCACGCAGAGAGCGCUCUCUGUCCCCUCCUGCCAUGUCUCCCUCCAGGUCUCCUGAGGUGAAAGGUCGCAGAGCAGAGAGCGACAGUGGCUCCCCUGGAGGAUCCACGCUGCAACUGCAGGCAGGUCGCAAGAUAAGCACCAGCCUGCAGCAUUUCCAUCGACCAGAUAACGGCUCCAACAUCUACAGGAAGCCUCCGAUCUACAAACACGACCUUAACAAACCGUCCGAGGGCAGCGGGGUCAUUCAGUCUGCCAAGUUCCCCGCCGCCCAGCCUCCAGACCCCAACCAGCCCUCCAAGAUUGAGACAGAGUACUGGCCCUGCCCACCUUCACUGGCUGCUAUGGAGAUCGAGUGGAGGAAGAAGAAACUUCAGGAAGAAGAUGAGUUUGAGGACGUGACAGAAGAAGAGCAGGAGCAGCAGGAGCAGCAGGAGCAGGAGCUGGAGAAGAUCAAGUCCAACCUGGGCCGUCUGAUCCUGAAGGAGGAGAAGGAGAAAAGUGUCCACAUCAGGAGGAAGACACAGUCUCUGCCAGACAGAACACACAUGCACAGCACAGGUGUGUCAGCCAGUGCAUCAAAGUCUCCGUCCCGCUCCGCCCUGACCAGAAUGCAGUCGGAAGAGUUUUCUACAGACGGAGAUAAGGGACGGCCAGCUGCUCAGAAUGGAGAGAGCCGGAGAGAUCGCAUGGAUAGAGGGAAUUCCCUGCCGAGCAUCCUGGAGCAGAAGAUUUAUCCAUAUGAAGCCCUGAUUGUAACCCACAGGGGGCGCUGUAAGCUGCCCCCUGGAGUGGACCGGACCCGGCUGGAGAGGCAUCUCUCCCAGGAGGAGUUCCAGGAGGUGUUCGGGAUGCCCAUCGGCGAGUUUGACCGCCUGUCAUUAUGGAGACGAAACGAACUGAAGAAAAAAGCCUCACUUUUCUAACAGGAAGUGACCUAAUUCCCAACCGAUACUUGAUGAAGCCUCUCCUCUGCAAGGAGGAGGAGCCAAAGAACAGGCCAUAACGUCAGCUAUCCAAUCAGCAGAUCAGCAGACCCCUCCCCUCCACUAACAGCCCCCUCUCCUUGGAAGACUGGAUCAGAACGUCUAAUGACAACCAGUUCUGCUCAGAUCUAAACUUAAGCGAUGCUCUAACAUGUUACCAGUACUGCACUUAUAACCACCACUGCUUGCAAACCAUUCCUAUCAUAUAUCCACCAUCAUCAUCAUCAUCAUCAUUAUCACCAUUGUUAAUGUGACAUUUAGUCUCAGAGUUACACUUCCAGAGGUCACCAUCUUGAAGAGAGAUCAGCAGUUAUCUUUAGGAGAAACUCAGGUUUCUUGGUACCAUAAAGUUGCUGCUAAUCUGUGGGUUCAAAAGAGGCCGACUGCUGACCAGUAGCUGCUUCCUACAGGAGUCCCUCAGUCUGUUAAACCUCCUCCAUGUCCAUCCAAGACCUGUUGUGUGUUACACUUACUUUCCUUCCCCAUUAUUCUUACUGUGUCAGUUAUUUCUAAAGUGGUACUUUAAGAGUAUCAGGUUUUUUUACAGGACAGUGGCACAGUUGGUAGAGUUGUUGUCUUGGUGCAAGAAGGUCCUGGGUUCGAUUCCCGGCC